AUGAUUGAUUUUGUCGGAAUAGUGUUUGCGCUAUUGGUCGCCAUCGGUGGUAUCGUGGGCUACAAGCGUGCCGGCUCUACCGCUUCCCUCUAUGCCGGGCUCGUGUUCGGAGUGGCCAUCGGAGCGGGCGCAUGGUGCAAUUCGUUACAGCAACCGUUCCCGUACGUACAGUUCGUAGUCCUGUUUCUGCUCAUCGUCGUCAUGAUGAUACGGUUCUACAAAACGAGAGCAUUUAUGCCACCGGGGCUGAUACUGUUGCUGUCGCUGUGCGUCCUGGUCUGGACGAUCUUCAUGUACGGAGACAGCUUCAUCUCGGGGUCGAACGAGAAGCCAAUACCGGUAAAUGGGACGAUCAGCGUUGCAACCGAUGGCCGUAAGCUGGAGUGA